UAUCUGAAAGUGAAAGUAAGAAGUAACUACACACUGCAUGUCCAGCCGAGAGUCAAAGAUUUGUCCCAACACUGGAGAGACGUCGCCUUGUCGAGGAGCGUGUACGGUAAAUGAACAUGGCCUCAAUGGGUAUCCUCCUUAUUUUCACUGUCAUCUCAAUCAGCAUAGGAAAUGCAAAGACAGGAUUUAUAAGUCUGGAAUGCAAGGCUGAAAAGCUGGGACAGUAUGGCCAGCAGUCGCUGCUAGAGUGUGUCAUCAACGCCCCAGACGACGACACGGAUAUCCGGGUGGUCACCUGGAAGAAAGCCUUGCGUUCCUUACUGGUCUUUGAUGAAGGGAAGUUUACAAAGAAGCAGCCAGGCUAUUCAUUUGCUGAGCCGUCCUGGAAUAACAGAAACAUGAACGUGUCCCUGCUCAUCACCAACACUGCAGUGGAGCACGAUGGACUUUACGAAUGCAUGGUGGUGACAGACAGCGGUACUGACUACAAAACCACCAGCCUUAAAGUCACAGCCAAAUACAGCGAACCAACUAUCCUCUCCAACCCUGAGGUAAUAACUCUGGAUACAGGCGGUACCCUGACGUGCGAGUCUGGUCACGGCUACCCAGAAGGCAAACUUCGCUGGUUCGAUGAGCUCAAAGGGGAGCUGACAAAGGACACUCAAAUGGAGGUGAAGGUGACCAAAAGUGGUCUGUUUCAGCUCUCCAGCAAGCUGGUUUUGGGGCAAGGAUCCAACAUCUCCCAAUGCAUCUGCAGUGUGUUCAAUGCCAGCGCAGGCAAAGAGGAAGAGACCACAUUUAAAGUACUAAACACACCAAAACCUCCAGAAUUUCAGAAGAAGUUGGAUCCAGCCACCAAAAUAGUGGCUCCCCUGGUGGUCAUCGGAUCGCUGAUCAUAGGGUUGCUGCUUGCGCUGCUUUACAGAAAACGAUCUCAACAGGCCCGAAGACACUCCACAAUACCCCUUAUGGGUAACCAUCGCAUGGUCCGCACAUCAGAUGGCGAGGAAGGUGAUGAGAAAUGCUAAAUAAACUUGCCGAUAAAGAAACUUGGCCUGAGGAGUCACUGCGAGUCACAUCACAUGUGCAAAUUUACUGGCAGCCUCCGAAAUCAACACUUCCUUUUUUGCUAAUCUCCACUCUAUCGUUGUACUUUGCCUAUUACAAACAGCUAAGUAUAUAUAACCAGGGAUAACUUGUAUUACUGUGAUUGUAAGUGCUUCAUUCAUCUAAACGUACUAAGAAAACACUUUUAAAUCAAUUUAAAUGAAGGAUCUUGACUGAUUUUAAAUCAGUGAUGGAUUUAAAACUCUGACAACCACAAUGGGAGCAAUGUGUAACAUCACCGAAAACCAACCUGAUAAUUUGGAUGGCGGUUGAUCUUGUUUCGGUUGUUGGAGGAGCUGUUUUGUUUAAUUGUGCUCACGCAUUAACUCUAGCCUUUGGCAACUUGGCAGGAGUGGCCCUCCCUCUUACUCCCUCUUGUCACGUCAUGUCAAUGUUCCUAGGAAAACUUUGAAUCAUGUUAAUAUGACGGGGCAGGGGGUUGUGUGCGUGUGCGUAUGUGUGUGUGUGUGUGUAUUCUGGGGAAAUGUAACCGAAGUUGCUAGUUUAGUAGUCUGAUUUUACAGAUUUUUAUUUUUUGCCUUUUUCACAUUCCACAACUUGACAAGUAGCCCUAGUUUUGUGAUUGUGCUAAAAGAAAGAGUUCAACUAUAUUUUUCUUACUGUGAACAAAUCCCAUGAAAAAAACAACAGUGGCAUUGACUCAAAGUAUACACUGUUAGAAAUAAAGGUGCAAAUUAGAACCUUAAAGGAUCUUCAGCGUGUCCUCAUAAAAGCACUCUUUUGGGUUGCUGGAAGAACCUUUUAUAAAGGGUCCUGAACCCUUUCAGAGGGUUCUACCUAGAACCAUAUGGGAAAAGUUCCACCUAGAACCCUCUCAGGAGCUUCUGUCUCGAACCUUUCCACCUUCUAAGGGUGCUAACAAGAACCUGCCCAGGGGGUUCUACCAAGAACCCUUUUAUAUAAUGAACCAUCUAGAACUCACCCACGGGGUUCUACAGGGAAACCUUUUAUAUUCCACGGGUUUCAUCUAGAACUCGCCCGCGGGGUUCUACAGUGAAACCUUUCACAUUCCAAAGGUUUUAUCUAGAACCCCGAAGGGCCGGGUCUGAUCUGGUGCAGAACAACCCACAACAAUCUCAGUUUUUUGGGGUGUGUGGGCUAUGGUUUUCGACAAUAAAGAACUCUUUAUUUGAAUAAAGGGUUCUUUGCAUGAAAAGGGUUCUUGUAGAAUAUCACCAGCCUUUUCCUUUUUAAGGGUCCUUGUUCAGAAGUUUCUCAUUGUUUGUUUCCUGCUUAAAGACUUAUACGAUCAACUGGCCAACUUUGAGUGCAGUGUUGCCCCUCACUGCCUGAGAAUAGUCAACCCCAGCAAAUCUCAUAUCCUUAUUCUAACCACUGAGGAAGUACACAAGAUAGAAGCUGGACGCACUUCCGCACGUCACAUGAUCUUCACUUACUUUCUAUUGGAAAAUAGUGUGUUGUGGUAGAAAGCCAAAAACACAUGUUUAUGUUCCUCUGGCUGUCUUAGAUGAAACUGUUUAUGUAACUUUUAGCAGCAGCGAGCAAUUUCAUUGCCAAAUCAACCCUUGUCUUCAGGCAGGUUUCUUGUUUCAUUCUUCUUUUCAUCUGACACCAGCUCUCAUAGAAAUGUGCGCCCAUAUACUCAUCAUCAUUUCUGAUCUGAGACCUGCUCCAUAAUGGAGCAGUGGUACUGACACCACCAAAGGCAAAGUUGAGAGUUAACAAGAGAAGCACCUUAUCAGCAGGCACAAAGUGUAUAAUUAAUCUUGGUCCCUGACACAGAGUUAAUCAUUGACUUUUUCGAUCGAGAAAAAUGCCAUUAAGCUUUUAAUUUGAAAGAUCAUUCUGGAAAUUAAAAAACACUUAACAGAAGAGCAUUGUUUUUGUUUUUUGUAUAUACUGUUUUUAUAUCUCUGUGAAAUUGUAAUGCUGUGUGUCUGUAAUGACUUUCACUACUGUGUUUUUAUGAUUAACAUUCACUGUCACAACUGAUCUGUGAUUUAUUUCAGUGUAAUUAAACACAUUUACCGUGUGAA